CCACCACCCCAGCCCACCAUGUCGCACCCUCAACAGGAAGCCAAGCCGCUCGCCCAGCCCCCAGACGGCGGCACCCGUGCCUGGCUCGUCACCCUGGGCUGCUGGUGCGCCUUCUUUGUCACCUUUGGUUGGAUCAACGCCAUCGGUGUCUUUCAGGAGUACUACCAGCAGCAUCUGCUGCGCGACUACUCACCUUCUACAAUCGCCUGGAUCCCCGCAUGCGAGACCAGCAUGAUGUUUGCCGGCGGCCUCGUGUUCGGCAAGCUCUUCGAUAGCUACGGGCCCGUCGCGGAGCUGCUCAUCGGCUCCUUCCUGCACGUCUUUGGCCUGAUGAUGACGUCCCUUUCCACCGAGUACUACCAGAUCUUCCUCUCUCAGGCCAUCUGUAGCGCCGUCGGCUCCAGCUGCGUCUACUACGCCUGCGCCGGCUCCAUCGUCACCUGGUUCGAGCGCAAGCGGUCCACGGCCUUUGGCAUCGCCGCCUCUGGCUCAUCCAUCGGCGGCGUCGUCUUCCCCAUCAUGGUCUUCAAGCUGAUUCCUCGCGUCGGCUUCCCCUGGACCAUGCGAAUCACCGCUUUCGUCGUCCUCGGCCUUCUCGUCGUCACCAAUCUCACCGUACGCUCCAUGAUCACCCACGCGCCCAAGCCUUUCACCGUGCGCGAAUACCUCCUGCCGUUCCGGGAGUUGCGCUUCUCCCUGCUGGUUGCCGCCAUGACCAUGUUCUCGUUUGGACUUUUUCUCCCCUUCAACUUCCUUGUGCUGCAAGCCCAGUCAAUCGGCAUGUCGAACGAUCUCUCCGAGUACAUGAUCGCCGUGUUGAACGCUGCAAGCUUCUUCGGCCGGACGCUGCCGGGGCCGGCCGCGGAUCGGUUUGGCCGCUUCAAUGUCAUGAUCGUCACCAUGGUUCUGGCCGGCGUCGUCGUCCUGGCGGCUUGGAUCCCAGCGACCACCAACGCCACCGUCAUUGUUUUCGCCAUCCUCUACGGCUUCUUCUCUGGCGCCUACGUCUCGCUCGGGCCCACGCUGCUAGCGCAAAUCAGCGACAUCUCCCAGAUUGGUAUCCGGAACGGCUCUCUCUACUUUGUCGUGUCCAUUGCCGCGUUGACUGGUAACCCCAUCGCCGGCGCUCUGGAGAACGCGGACCACGGCGGUUUCACCUACCUGCAGAUAUUUGCUGGGGUCACAACAUGCGUUGGUGGCCUGCUGAUGCUGGUGACGCGUAUAUCUAUGACAGGGAUGAAAUGGGCCGUCAUUUAGAUGUAAACAGAAUAUGCGAGUCGCUUGCCGUUCAAUUGGUUUUUUUUUUUUUUUU